UGUCUCGAAAGGAAAAGGAAGUAGCGCAUGUUCUACACAAGUUUGACCCUUGUGGGUGAUGGAUUUCUGAUUACUACAAAUUAAUUUAGUUAUUUUAUAUAAAUGUGCCUCUAAAAGCAGCAGCAAUAAUUCAGUAUGAGACUGACAGCGCUGCUUUCGAUGGCAGCAAAAGCUGUAUGUCCACAUGAUUAUCGUUACGGGACAAACAGACCUUGGACGAUCGCAGCCAAGCGGCUCAAUCCACCAGGCAAGAAAAGAAGAAAGGUGUUUGUUGAACCUAUUGCAAAUGAGGAAUGGCAUGUCCUGAGAGGAGACACAGUGGAGAUUUUGUCUGGGAAGGACAAAGGAAAGCAGGGCAAAGUUGUUCAGGUGUUCCGGCGUCGAAACUGGGUCAUUCUCGAGGGCCUGAACACGCAUUACAGGUAUGUUGGCAGAUCUGGAGAUUAUCGGGGUACUUACAUCGCCAGUGAAGCCCCUCUGCUGCUGAAGGAUAUUACGCUUAUUGACCCUACUGACAGGAAGCCCACAGAUAUCGAUUGGAGAUACACUGAAGAGGGGGAGCGAGUGCGUGUUUCUGUCAGGACAGGACGGAUUAUUCCCAAACCUGUCUUCCAGAGAAAAGACGGCAUCAUUCCCCAGCAGUGGAAAGAUGGACCCAAGGACACAUCACCAGAGGACACGCUUCAGAAAACAUACAUGCCAUCUUUGAAAACCCUUGAGGAAGAAGUAAUGGAGAAAUUAAACAUUCAAGAAGAUAGAAGGGCUCGUAAAAGCUACUGGUACUGAGUUACCACAGAGACUGUGUAUUAUGUUUGAGCUUAACAACAACAGCAAGAUUAUUUAUCAUGGAGAAAUAAUGUAUGUGUUCUGAAGACUUUGUCAAUAAAACUAA